CAAAAACAUUAAGCAUUUUUCUUUAACUUCCUCUCCAAGCAACCAUGAAGAACACUUGCUUCUCCGCAAUCUUCCUCGUCUUGGCCUUCCUCUUCUGCCUCGCCGCCAUCAACGAGGCGGCGAUUCCAUGCAGCACCGUCGACGCCAAGGCGGUCGCUUGUGUUGGGUACGCCACCGGCAAGGACUCGAAGCCAGCACCAGCAUGCUGCGCUAACCUGCAACAGCUUGCUCAGAUGGUUAAAACUGUUAAUGAUAAGAAGGAUAUUUGCAGGUGCUUGAAGGGUAGCUCUAAAUCUUUGGGAAUUAAGGAUCAGUUCUUGAGCAAGAUUCCUGGUGCUUGUAACAUUAAAGUUGGUUUCCCUGUCUCUACUACCACCAACUGCGAGACGAUCCACUGAGCCAUUAUGGAGGGGAUCAAGGCUGUGAGAUUCUGAACGCGACUACAAAAAUCUUACUAUAAAC